AUUACAACGACUUGAAUAGGCUGUCUUGGGCCUUGGAUUCGGGAUUCGAAAUAGAAUAGCCUAGCUAUUAUUUUCCUUUAUCAUUCUUUGUUAAAAUGAACAGAAUCGCAUAAUUUCACAUUUUUGAGCUCAGUUUGCAUAAUUUCACUAUUUUUCUUGAAUAAAACGACGGGGACAGGAAUAGGCCUUGAUGACUACCAUGACAGCCUAGACGGCCAGAGACUAUAAGAACGUAUAGGCCUAGGCCUAGCCUUCCCAACAAAAUCUGGGCCUAAGCCUAGGGCUAGAGGCCAAGAAUACCGACGACGUCAUCAGUCAUCAAUAGGCAAAGCUAAAACUGAACUUUAGAAUCUACAAUGAAGAGCUAGAGUCUAGAACUGAACUGGCCUAGCCUUGCUAGAUUCUAGGCCCAACAAGGAGGAGCUUGAUAUUGAUGCUUGAUAGGCCACUUCAGCUCGCCAGUUUGAUUGUUGACUAGUGACUAGAUCUAGGCCUAGGCCCCACUGAGAUUUGCUCCGAAGCCGAAGGGUGUGAACCGCAACCCGCAACCUAUUCUCUUACUACUAGAUUCUAGAUCUAGAUCUCUAGAUCUAGAUCUAUCUAGAUUUAGAUCUAGACUUUCUAGUUCAGCGACAGUACAGUAUGCUGUUUAUGUGAACUCUAUUGUUGUCAACAAGUCUAGAUUUUCUAGAGUCUAGAUUGUAGACUCUACUCUAGAGAUAUGUGCGGGAGAGGCCGGAGAGGAAUUCAAUCUAAACCGCCCACCCUCUACAUUGAUAGAGUAUCUAGAUCUAGAUCUUCACAUGUGAGGUAUCAAGGCCCAAGGCCUAGCCUAGAUUGAUUAGUCUAGGCAUUAAUAGAUCUCUAGAUUUUCUAGGCCAUGGUUUUAUAUAAUGCAAUGCUAGAUUCUAGAUUCUAGAUCUAGAUCUAGUAGUAUAGGAGGCGUGCGUAAAUUCAGUCACGCAAAUGAAUGCGAAAGUGAAGCAACACUGUCAUGACUACAGCAGGCAAUUUGGUGAUCAAAAUUCUCUGAUGUCCUUAGUGGAGAGCCAUGAUGUAGCUGGUCUUUUGUCAGCUCUCGGCCAUGAAGGGGCAAAGAAUGAGCCCAUGUUCUCUGUCUCUUUAUGCCCACGCAAUUCCAAGUACAGCACUCGAGAGUUCUUAACAAAGAAUAAAAGUGCGGUAGAGAGGUCAUGCGAGCUGGGCCAUUUGGACAUCCUUAAUCUGUUCCUCAUCAAUGGUUGCAGCCCCAACCUACCCACAAGCCAUGGCCGGCUCAUACAUACUGUGCUCACCACCCUCAAGACUCAACGACACCUGGUUGACAAUGGCCGUGCUUUUGUCACCCUCAAACUGAUGCUUGCUCGGAACUGUGAUGUGAACGUGAAAAGUUUUGAUCAUAAGUCGGCCCUCAUGCUGGCAUGCGAAUUGGCUGAUCCUGCCAUCCUCAAGGUACUGCUGAGACAUUGCUCACACUGGCAGUUGUCUUUCUCUGAUGAUGGCAGAGAGGCGUCGCCCUUACAGAUGGUCUGUAUGCAAGGGAGUUCAGAGUGUGUCCGGAUUUUACUAAAGCGGCUCUCGCCGGCCGACAUAAACAACAGCCAUGGGAAAUUGACUCCAUUGUUGAUGGCCCUGAUGGUUCUGCGACACAACAUGACUUACAUCAGUCGAGCGUCAGGGUACCAGGAUGCAUUGAGCAAAGCCCAGCACCAGCUUGUUGCAAUAGUGGAAAUGUUGCUCAAUGCUGGUGCAGAUCCGAAUGUGGGGGUGGUGCAAGACCCAAGAGACAACCUUCAGCCCCCAAGCUUUAACGCCAUAUGCUGUGCCCUUGACGUGGCCAAUGAUUGUGAGGCAUUCAAGAAUCUUUUGUCUCACGAGGCAAAAAAGUUGUCUUUUCUGUACGUUGGGCUUGUUCGUUUGUUUGGAUUUUCGGGUGCUACUGUCGGUGGAAGCGAGAAUGUUGAGACUUUGAAAGAGAGAUUUCCUCGUGUGCAAAGUGUGAUAUCAGAACUGGCAGAGUUUGAUGCCUUGAGACAGAAAAUUUCUCCUCUGUGCAACUCCUUUAGACAUGCUCCAUUUAGUUUAAUGGAACUGUCCAGAAAAAGCAUUCGACUUCAAGUUGCCCGCUGCAAUAAGCUAGGACAUUUAGACAAUCUCCCUCUGCCAAGAAAGUUGAAAGAUUACACUCUGUUUUUGACUUUUUAAAUGCUUAAAUCUGGUCCAGACUACUUGAAAAUUGUAGUCUUGUGAAGGCAAAAAGAACUUAUUAUAAAUUCACUUUUUUUGUUAUAUUUAAAGUAGUUUUAAGAUUUUGUCUGUUUCUCUAGGGCAUUCUUUCAGUACUUCACUAUAUUUUCAUGCAUUUUGCUUAUAAAAUAAUCUGUUUAAAGUAUAAACUCAUGUGCUGUUCAUCAAGAGUUACUGGGAUAACCAGGGGGGGAGGGAGGGGGGGACUUUAGUGGUCUACGAGUACAGUGGUUGCCUCUCGUUCAAUUGGUCCCAAGUUCAAAACAUGGUAGUGACAGAAAAUGUUCUUCAUUUUUUUCUGUUACCUCCUUUCCUUCUCUCUAGUCAUCUUCUUUCAUCUGCUUUCAUUUCCACCUUCUACCCACCUCCCCCUUUUUACCCUUCUCUGGACUCCCGACUCUUUCACUCUCUUUACUGCUACUCCUGGUUCCUUUUUACUGCUGUCUUUCAGCCACACCUCUGAUGCUAAGGUAGGUAAGAUCAAACACCUAGCCUUUUCAGAUAAGGGGGAAAAAAAUUUAGGAAAUAUCGUUUGCACGUUGCACACGCUAAAGAUCCUUUGGCGGUCCAAAAAUCUACUAGAGUAGACUUUGGCCACCACCUGGGCAAACUUCAAAAUUACUUACUGCCGAAACUGAAAAUACUUAUUGUGUCCAUCACUCUCAUGUGACUUAUUACAAAAAAACAGAAAUAAACCAAAUGAGUUACCAGACUCCAGAGGUUAUGGUCAGACCAUUACAAUUCAUUUUUUUCCAUUUUAUCUUCUCAUGAAAACAGUGAAAAUCAGUUAGGAUAAGUCUGACAUUUGUUUCCUUGAUGGACAAUGUAUUCUGACUCUCAACAUUGACUUAAAAUGUGUAGAAUUUCCUUUUUUUCCCCACACAUAAUUAGCAGUUUAUUCAAAUUGUAAACUUGACAGGAAAUCUUUUCUUUCUUCUUCUUGAUCUCGUCACACGUAAAGUCUAUCAUACAUAUAAACUGGGCUGUCCUGCUCAGCUCUUCGGUUGGCAUGUACAGGUGUCAAUGGGGUUGGCCACAUUUCCUGUCUCAGGGCCCUGUGUGACCUGCAAGGCCUCUCAGUUGCUUGGAGCCCGGCACUGUACCUGCCUGGUAGGCCCUCACAGGGCGAGCGCCAUCUAUAGAUACUGUCUUCAAAUGUCAUUUUUACAGUUUUACAUGGUAUUGUGGUUCUCUGGCGAUUGCCUUUAGGGCCAAUUCCUUCGAUUUCAGCCCUCCAGCUCUAGGUCCUGAGGCCUACCCUGGGAGCACAGGGAGGAAUUGUUACCGGGUCCCACCUGUGACUAGAACUUAAUGUGGUCAUUUUCCCCUUGGUGCUCCCUUCAGUUGACUCAUAUAUGGCAUUUCAUGAUGUGGUGGUGCCAUCUACCAGACAUGGUAGUGCCACCUAUCACCUACCACCUCGCCACGUCCUGUUAAGAGCAUUGCCAGUUAGUCCAGGGUUGCUAAUUGAACAUAUUCACAGAUAACCUCUAUUUCAAUGGCCAUUCCCCAUCUGCCACCUGGGACCGGCCGGAUGCCUAAUCGGGGAUGGUCGCCCCUAGCGCGGGACAGUAAAUAGAAAGUUGCUGUUUGACCUAACAUGCCAUUCAGUACAUUUUUUCUACCAAGUGUCCCUCUGUCUUUAUCUGAAUUUUGAUAACGUUGGCUGUUGUACUGAUUGAGAAGAGAAGACAGGUAACAUUACUAUGUAAUGUGAAGCUUUUGUAUUGUGCAAUAUUUCAGGUUGAGCCCAUUUUGAAGGUAAUUGUGAGUCCUGAGUUGUGAGA